CAGUGAGUGCUUUGCAUCCCGCAAAAACGACAAUUGACGCGAAAGGCUUUAUCAGUGACUCAACGAUUGUAACAUGAGCAACGCCGGUAGCGAAAUUGGCAGCGAAAUCAACGCUGACCAUGAAGAAAAUAUUGGUUCCAACUUCCUCAGUCGGCUUGAGGUCUCACUCCUUGUCGACGCGGAUGGAGAUGAAGAUCUGGACAUCGAWGAAGAGGUAAUCGACAUUGAAGAAGUUAUGGAAUUGAAUAUGAUGAAAGAAAAAGACCGGAGAGAAGUAAAAAAGAAUAGGGAAAAGGGAAAGAAAAAGGGCAAGACUUUACAUGAGGGAGUUGAUCCCAGACUGUUUCCAUCGUAUUAUAUAAAGGAGGAAGAGGAGGAAAAGAAUGGAGACGACGGAGACAAUGGAGACAAUGGAGACGAUGGAGACGACGGAGACAAUGGAGACGAUGGAGACGACGGAGACGACGGUGACGACGUUGAUGACGAAUUAAGCAUGGAAUCUUUCGAGGAUGAUGACGUCGAAGGGCAAAAUUCGUCCCGCGUAGAUUCACUGGAUAAUGGUGAGGACACAACCAACUUUGAUUAUACUCARAAGGUAGUGAGUGCCAUUCAGGGUCGCAGGAUAGUUUCAYUGAGCGUGUUGCGGAUGGCUGUAACGAAAGAUGGUAGCGAUGAGCUAGUAAAAUUUGCGCAAAUACUACAAGAUUCCCAAACAGAAGGCAUUGCUCGUAGAGUACACCCUUUYGAAGAUACKACUWCUUUUGGGUCUCCUGCUCGCGUCUUGGAGCUUGAAAAGGGACAAGCUAUACUGGUUAUUGAUCCUAGUGGCAUUGAUAGAAUGUCAGAAACAAAUAUGAGCGUUGCAGCAGUUAAGGAAACAAAGUUGCCGGAGAAUCAAGAUAUACUAGAAUUGCUGAAGAAAAAAAUUGCAACCCAAGGUCUUGACAUUCGAGACGCGAAAGAAUCCAAUCAAGGACGGAGUAUGAUGGGAAAAUUGGGCAGAGCUCGACAAAAGAGGCUGAUACGAGAUAUUGUAGAAGCAAUGGAUGAUGUCAACGCCCUUAAUUUUGGGAGACAAAUACAGUCGUCGAUCCCGUUUUUGACUGGAUACGAGUCCUACUUAUUGGCRAAGGUAGUGGAAGUGCUAGAUAAAAUAGCACUGGACUCAUUCUAUUUGGGCCAGGUUGCUAGAGUGUUUGACAGAGUAGUUCCGGACUUGAACGUGUCCARAAAGACAAAACGCAAAAUGAAAAAAAGCAGGAAAAGGGAACUAUAUCAAAUCCUCAAGUAUGSCUUCAGAAAUCAGAAUGUGGCUCGUAUUGUUGUUCAGAAUCUUGAGUUCGGAUUUGACUUUGAAUCGCACUGGUUCGACAAAGUUUGUAACAGUCGAUGGUACGAUGCGCGGGGGCAAUUUCCCAUGUCAGAAAAUAUUACUAGCUCUCACGAUUUGGUGAAGAAAUUCUGGAAAAGAGUUCCCAACAGGUUUGCAGCACAAAAUCUACCUGCAGGUCUAAAUGAAUUUAUAUCUUCAAAACGACACCAGUUCGGUACACAUAUCGGCCGUAUGAUAACAAAUGAAUUUCGAGUUGAAAAUCGGUUGCCUGUCGACGAAUCGAUUGUUUAUUCAUUCGUUGUCUCWCCUAUACCAACGAUGAUAAAUAGCGGAGUUGUUCAUGUCCUGAGACAAUUGGCAAAACACUGGAAUGAUGUUCUGGCACAACCCUUUGGCAAUUGGACCCAUCAUCCGAUGGAACAACUCGAUCCAUUUCGAACGAUGCGAUUCUACAUACCCAAUGUCUGCAUCGUCUUGUCAUCCUUGCGUGGACGGAAUAAGUGGGAUAUCGACGUGCUGGGUCCAUUCAUAUUCAAAUGCCAGAAAUUGCCCACCUCAUCAACGGCGAAGGAAUGCCUCAACUUAGCCAAAGAAAUGCGAUCAAAAAUCAUCCAUGAGUUAUGCGCAGGUGUAAUAUCGAUCAAGAACCCUUUAUCGAGUUGGCUAAAAGCGAUUCAAGAGUCGUGUAUCCAAAUCGAAAAGGACUCCAAAGCAAUAUAUGAAGAAGUUACAGGGGUAGAGAUAGGACUUCGGUUUGGAUUUGAUCUCAUUACGCAAGUCAGUUGGAAAGUACCACCCGAUGCAGAACUAGAACAUGCAAUAUCACUGCAUCUACAGGGAAAGUAUCCUGGAGAAGUUGUUACUCAACGCAACAUUCGCAGAGCUUUAUUAUCAGUAACACCUCGAUCCAGUCGAACUAUGUUGGGUUUAUCAAAAUUGGACGAACUCGGAUCGAAACCGAUGAGAGUGWUGAUCGAGAACGUAAGAAACUUACUCAAGCGAGUCAUCCGUCGUGAACUAUUAAACGAUGCUAUCCUGGAAUUGUCGACAGGCGAACAUAUUUUCGAAGAUGAUCUCGUUAUUGGUGAUUGGUACUGGCUCAAUCAAGAAGGUGAGAAGAGGUCUGUUUACACCUUUGUUGGAGAACAAAUGAGGGGAGAAACGUAUGUAUAUCUYUUCAUUAGUGUCGACUCGGGGGUCGAGAGAUUAGUCACCUUCGAUGACGAGGAAGACAUCAAUUGUCAACAAUAUAUUCCAGUGGCUGAGUCCAUAGUUCGYGCCCAGAGAUGUUACAUGAAUYUCGAAUUGAACCAUUGUCACAAGUUCAAGUAUGAUGCUUUCAUGGAGUUUUCGUUUCUCCGAAUACCUUUAAGACGAUUAGCUCUUGUUUCUCAAAUAUUUUGCGAAGAACUUGACAGUGCUCGCCUCAAUCUGCUUCAAGAAGUAAAAACCUCCAAGCAAGUGAAAGUUGAAGCUGGAGAUUUGGAGCCAGGCAAAACUUAUUAUGUGYACAACAGCGAAUUUCACGUCUAUGCUCCUUUUGUUUGUAAGAAGAAGUAUUCUCCAGCAGAUUCUGAAUGGGAAAGACUAAAGAUGGUUGAAAURGUGAAAGUUCCCCCGCAGUCAGUUUGUAUUAUUGGCUCUAGCAUAACGGGYUUGAUGACUGCGAUCCAUUGCACAGAAAAUGUGCUAGCAAGUGGUGGGCAGCUAAAAYUUUACCAAUCAAAUGAUGCAACUGUGAGGGCGGAUUCGAUAUUUGAACGAUCAGAGAUCCUUCGUCUCGGCGUACGAUGGAUUGCCAUGCUUCGAUAUCACUUGGGCAGUAUCUUUGAGGAUGUAUUUAUACCUACAUCRGGUGAAAUGAACGCCCACUUGGGCAAUCAUAUGGCAACGGAGGGCUUUGUCGAAAUCGCGAUCAAGUACCUGGAGUGUAUAUUGCACGGAGAGGUAACUAAGCUUUGGUCCAAAGAGAUAAUUGAAGUUGUGAGUGGAUCAAACGUUAGGUAUGAUACUGAAUCAAACUGCUUGACAAAGUUGGGGGAGYAUCUUGAAGUUGGAGAUAACAUACUCCGCCACGUGGAUCCGAAYGGUAACCCCUGUGAAGGGCARCAUCGUUGGGAAGUAACGAAUGUUCACUACACCAAAACGCUUGGGGUUAAAGAUCUUAUUAUUGGAGAGGAGUAUGAUAUAUAYAGGGAUCAAGAAAUUAGGACGUUUUCGUUGUCUAGCGUCAAUCUCCAGACAAGAAUAUAUACUUUUUCAUCUAAGAAAAAGAAAAUCAAAGACAUUGUAGCACCAGCACAUAGUCUACCACCAAUAUAUCCAUUGGGAACAAAACGCCAAGCUGAGACGGUUUUUCUAAAAUGCGAGACGAAAGGCAACUCUAAUGAAAAUUAYCUCGACCGAUUGUCGGAAGGCAGUGUAGAGGGGCAUGAGUUUGUGGUAGACGUUGGACAUAGUCAUGUGAUAGAUUGCACUAUGUAAGUGAUGGUUCUUUGGAUGAAAUGUACUCAAAAAUYYACUGAAACUGACAUUUCUUUUUUUCAUUUUGAAUUCAGCAAAACACCCGAUGUAUCCUCCUUUUCUUUCCAGGCCACCCCCAGUGAACCGUAUGGUGUYUGUUGCAUAUCUCGUCCCAACGAUUCAAUUGCUGGAACAUCAAGAAUUAUUGGUGAUUUUAGAAAGUUUGUUCGACAAGUCAGUAUUGCAAAUGARAUGAAAAUAUUGUUACAAUCCAAGCAUUGGCAGCGUCACUUUGAAAAAUUAGUAGAGGAUUCUGAUUUUUCUACACUGAACGAAAAAGAUCCGAUCGUUAUAAAGCUAAUGGAGGCCGUGGAAUGGCAUGCCAAACAUKCUCMUGACUUUCGACGUCGGAAUCUUCAGAUUCAACUACUUGAGACCGGUGAUAACUUUUGUGUGGCAAUGGAACUAUCACGCGAAUAUGAGAAAUGGAAAAAUGACACAGUUGAUCGCUGUUUAGUUUGGGAGAAAAAAAGAAGUGAGGAUGUAGAUCAUAAUUCUAGAUAUCAAAUGCCAGAUAUUGACAAACUGAAAGGCAUUGUGAGUCACAAUAUCGAUUGUCUUUGGUUUGAAGCAACCCUAGAAGUUUUGCGACAGGCUGAUGUCUACAAUGUGGAGAAAACAAAUGAAUUUCCGAAGCUGCAAUUGAUUAACUCUGAAAUUGUCGAAGAGGUAAAGAAUCUUUCUUUGGGUGAUAGUUUCAGGGAGGUAGGGAAGCCGAGAACAAAGUUUGAAAUACUUCUGACGAACAAGAAAGGAAUUUUUGCUAGAACUGCUGAAGGUGUUGUUCGAUUAUUCGAUCCAACGGACCGUGUUUUCAGAGAAGGAACUCUGGCGAGGUCGUAUGACUUUGAUACUGAAUCGAAAAUUGCUAUUACAACAUUCCCUGUUUCCCACUAUGUAAACCACCGUUCCAUUCGUCAUAAUAAUGCAUCGAAAGGAUAUGUAUUUGCUUCGUUUGGAGAUGAGAAUUCGACUUCGCACUUMAUGCGCUCUUGCAGACUUACUGGAGGAUGUGUCAAUGYUUUACAAUUCGACAACUUUGUGAAAGCCGCAAAUGAUGGAAUUGCAUUAAAGGAUAGAUUUCAACUUUACUCACGAGGAGCGAACUGGUCUAAUGGAGAAGCAAUGCAUAAAGGAACAAUGAGCAAUGAUGGGCAAGACGCUUUUCUGCGCCCUGGAUUCUCAAUUGAUCAAUGUCUGAAAUACCUACGUUCAAGGAUCAUCGAAUUGCUUGAGGCAGAGCGCGAUCUGGACARCAUUCUUUCGCAAGAUUGGAAAGCGAAGUUUGCAGCAUCAAURGUUCCAUGCGGAAUGGAGCUCAAUGGCAAAUUCAUCAAGACGUUAAAAGACGACAUAUUUGUUUUUAUUUUCAAUAUGUUUCUCGAGGGUGUAGCAAAGGACAAAAGCCUUAGUGAUGGGAUUUUAAGCAUUCUGCAAGCCAGAGGGGACGAAAUGAYAGAGGACCGGAGCAAAMUAAGUCAUGAUAUUUAUUGGAAAGAUUUUUUGUUUGGAUUGAAAACAUCUCUCGAUGAUGCAACUCAGAACCGACUAAAGGAUUAUCAUUGCGAAAUUGCCAAAAGAAUGAAUCAAUCCAUUCUUGAAACCAUCAGUUUCGCCAAAAAAKCGUAUUUGUAUGAUCAGAGAUUCGGUCAAGAGCUAUGGAAACAACCCAAAUCUGUCGAUUCACUGAUUGACGACUUUGCUCUCGAGUCCUGGAAGUACGCUAAUUCAUUGUCCAUGAUAGUGGCCCUUUCAGCAGGCUCCGUCGCUUUGUGUCUCUUUGGUUCGCUCCAAGACAGCUUGGUACCCCGCAUUUUAUAUGAAAGUUGUGGCAUCAUAAUUGCUGCCUUCAAUAUGGUCAUUUGUCUCGGGAUAAUAUCAAACAUUGGCACGUACAAGACGCGAAAUCAGGAGGCCCGCGUCUUCUACCUUAAGAAUCAUCUUUUCGAAUUCAAGAAGACACUUUUCGGUGCUAUGGACAAGAAGUAUAGAUUAGAUGUUGCGAGAGACAAGGAAGAGAGAAAGUUUAUAUUUGAAGGAGAUAACCCGUUCCUCCAGGAGCUAAUGGAAAAAAAACAUCAGUUUGUUAAGGAUGUUGCGUACUAUGAUCUAGAAGAUCCAGAUGAAUUCAUUUUUGACUACAGACGACUGAUGGACCGGAUAGAUCAACCCGCUGCUUACAAACACUUUCAGAAAUUAUUGACAACGUAUUACAUUGUCGAUGUGUAUCAGACUAAUUCAUACGUUCAGGAAAGCCUUGUGGAAUUGUAUAAAGUUUGCGAUGAAAUUCGGACCCAGUUAGUUCAAGAAGAUUUCAAGACCCGUAAGAAGGGGAAAGAUAUGGCCCCUGUUCUCUUUGAUCGCAUUACGAAGUUCGGGCCUCGUUUAGAAGAAUCUCUUCAACCAAGUCUCAGCAGAKUCUUUUGUAAUCUGCUGUGCUUUUUCAAUAAGAAAAGAAGGGUUYCYCCGAUACAAAAAGAGAUCCGUAAAAUUAUAACUGAGGCUGMGAUUGUGAGCAGGGCGUAUAAAGGUCUCUUUCUGAAACGCCAGAUUCUAGACUUGGAAUGCUUGCAUCGAGCCGGAAGUGAAUUGGGCAAAAUACGGAUGAUUUCUGCAUCGUCCUGGAUGCUUUUCAUAGCCUCUUUGAUCUUUCUUAUAUCAAGAAUCGUAACAUUGGCUGGUUUUGAAAACUUCCUUUUCAUUGCUAUUGGAUUGUGGUCGCAGAUGCUAACAUUGGCUGKUGGAUUAUUGUCUYUSCUAUUUUUCUCUCGCAAUAUUUUGACAAUUCUGUGGCUCGGGGUCACGGUUGACGGUAAGGUCAAAAUCGCUGCCAGGACGCAAGAUGACAAUACACAUAGUGCAAUGAGAAACAUCAGAAGCGUUAUUUCCUCACGGAUCUACAUGAGAAUAGUCCGACUUUGCGCUGUGUUGUGUUCAAUGGYAGCGCUACCUUGGGUMAUGGUUCUCUACGCUCUCCCCRGAGAAGAAGAUGCAAGUGGGUACYUACCACUUUACAUCGGUUUUGUUGGAUUGGUCCUGGCUGUAGGAGAGGCGAUCACAUUUUUCUUUGUCGAAUAYAUCGUCAGCUACAACUUGCCCUCAUGUUUGGGGGAACAUAUAUGCAAUGCGUUUCGUGAAGAAAUAAAAUUGAUGCAUACAUCACUAACGAUUACCAAGACGAAGUUUCACACUGAACAAGCUCAAGAGCGCAUCACAUGGGAAUACGUUGCCUGUGAGUUUUUGCAUAGGUACAGAUUUGAUCUUAUCCUGGGACCUGAUCGUUUUAGCUCGAUCUUUCGAUUUUUGCAAUGUGGCGUAGAGAAUGAACGUGCAACUGAUAGUGUCGGAUUCGGCCGUCCAGGGCGAAGACACACGCAAGUUUUUUUUGGGCCAGAGGGGGAUAUUAUKUGAAAAGAUACUCAAUGCACAAGAAAAACUGAUUCGGAACCCAAGUUAAGGAACUCUUCGGUUACCUCUUUGUAUCCAAAAACGUCGCAGAGAAAAGAUUCCCCACAGUCAUCAACAUUUUGCUUGGUAUAUUCUGAAACCUACUUUCAGCAUGGUGCAGGAUUCUUGCAUGGAGAAURAUUUUCAACCCCAAACAAAAGCAUCUAASACUA